UGUUGCUUGUCUUGCUUGUUUGACAACAGAAUAGAAGCGAUUGCGUUCCAUAAAAAAAAUUCGUCGAAAUUUACUGAUAAACAGAAAAAAGUGUGCCAGGUGCCAGGUAUCAAGUAUAGAGCAUAUAUUUUGCGUCAAAGUUAUCUGCAGUGGCAUUUCAACCAUUGACUAUGAAAAUGCCGGGAAAUCAGUCUACUGAUAAUGGUAUAUACGAAUAUGAAGAAAAUUCAUACUUUUCUGAAGGGUUAGAUCAAAAUGGGGUUGAGGAGUUUAAUGCACCCCCUGAAAACGACUUUUCUGAGUAUCUUUGGAUGGAACAUGAGGAGGAAUUCGAUAAAGAGGUCAUGCAACGAUUAGAGGAAGAAGCUCUAAUGGAGGAGUGUAUGGAAGCCUUUAUGAAUGAUGAAAACAACUCUCCCAAUCCCAAUGCUCAGCCUGGAAAUCCACCUUGUCCUGAGAAUGUGGCCAACUCAAAAUUGAAUCCAGAGGCUGCCGAAUUUGUCCCAUCUAACCGAAGGGCACCCCAGGAGAUACCGGCAACAACUUCUUCUUAAUCGUAACCUGAAAAAGAUCUCGCAUACUGUAAAUAUGUAAUUCUUUGUUUUAUUUUCUCAUUAUCAUGGUCAUCAUGAACUAAUUCGGCAUUGUCCCUCAUUGAUUUUCCCCUUUGUAUUUUUUUGUAAAAUAUUUAAUUUGUAAUUUUUGACCCGAUAAAACUUUGACAGGGUGUGUGAUCGGAUUUUUAAAACUAUGAUAUAUUUUUAAUAUAGGAAGGAUCGAAUCUCAUUUGUAUAUAAUUUGUUUGCUGUAAUUGAAUGAUUUUAUUAAAAAUAUAUCGUAGACCAAGGCAGCCAUUUUUUCUGUCAGUAAUGAAUUGGUUACAUUAAGACUUUCAUGUUUUCUUACACUUUACAUUGUAAGCUUAGUCACUUUUUCGGAGCUUACCAGUAACAGCUCUACAGGAGCUCAAAUCUCCCAAAGUAGUGUCAGAUCUGGUUUACAAUUAGUUUAGAAAAAUAGAGUCAGAAAAAUUGUAUUUCAGAAUUCACUUAUUUAAAUCAUGUAUCGUUUUGUUUUAUUAAUUCUAUACUAUGUAGAUUUGAGUCUGUGGACUGGUUUUUCCUAGAUUUAGAGAUAUUUGUGGUUGGUAAUUGUGCAAAAAAAUACAUCACAUUAAUGUAAACUUGUUCAAAGUUAGAGUAAGUAUAAUGAGUAAUCACAAAAUAAAGUGUACCAAAGAUGAUUAAUUGUGGAUUUCAUCAUUAUAAAAUUUUAAAAUUAGGGGUUUUCUUGCUUUAAUUAAGGUAAUGAGUGUUAGGUAAUAACUAGAAUUAAAAUAAAUGUCACUGUUAAUGUUUUAUGUAUAGAAAAAAAAAGUAAUAUCCAUUGCAGUGAUUAAAUUGUCUAAAAAAUAUGUUUUUUUAUCCAACUUUUUUAUUAUCUUACCAACUUUUUUUUAUUAUUAUUUUUCAUUUACCCUGGUAGAAUAAAACAUUAAAAAUACAUAUUUUUUAAGACAAAAAUUGGUAGGUCUUUGACGAGUAAUAUAUUAUCGCUUUAUAAAAUAACAAGAGCAUACAAUUGAGAUUUUUUGGUAUGGCUAUGGUGAAACAUUUUUGGAAGGGUUAGAGUAGUAAAAAUUUUAGUCAAGAAACAAGUAAUUAGAAAACCAGUAGUUCCAAACGUGUUCUAUCACGGUCAACUUUUCUAGAGUACGCGACUGUAACGUUAAGUUGGUAGGUUUUAUUUUGUGAUGUAUUCAAAUAAAAAAUCUGUCCUCGCCACAAUCUCAAUGCACACAGUUAUUGUGGGUGAUAAAAAAGGCUGUGCGAGAACAACAAAAAUAUUUUGUACCCUCAAGUCGACACUCUCAUUGUGUUUGCUCUCUUUUGUAAAAAAAAUAUUAAUUUUAAAUUGGUGCAAAGAAAGAAUUAAAUUAUUUAAAUAAUA